UUGCUAGUUUGUUGGACGAUAUUCAAGCACCCUCGCCUUCGAAGCACGUCAAACAUUUUCAUCGCGUGUUUAGCUUUAUCAGAUGUUCUCAUUGCCGUGUUGGGCUUUCCUUUCACACUCGCUGUUUUAUUUACAGGACGUUGGCCCUUUGACAAAGCCGCGUGCAAUUUUCAAGGAUUUACUUUCACGGUGUUCGGUACAUUUUCUCUUGUAACAAUGACUCUUACAGCCAUCGCUCGUUAUUUUAAAGUGACUCGGCCGUCAUUGCAUCCCCAAAUAUACUAUAAGAGGAACAUAUGUCUCUUUCUGACUGCAGCGUUUUUAAUAUCAACGCCUUUCCCGAUAUCUUUAACGUUCAACGACGGAUUUUUCUUCCACCCUGGAAAAUUCAUUUGUAUUUACGACUGCGACAAGUUAAGCGCGGCCGGAUGUCUUUCAAUGGGAACAUUUUUAAUUAUCGCGUGUUAUGGACCAAUAGUAUACUGUCAUAUUUGUAUUUUCCGCUCUGUUCUGCAGCAUAA